UCCACGAUGUUUGCCCAGAGCCCCUGGAAGUGUGUGAGCGCUGCGCUGCUGAUGGCACUGCUGUGCUGCGUCCUUUCUCCUCCGGCACAAGCCAGCAAGAGCUCAGAGGACAUCCGCUGCAAGUGCAUCUGUCCCCCGUACCGCAACAUCAGCGGGCACAUUUACAACAAGAACGUGUCGCAGAAGGACUGCAACUGCCUGCAUGUUGUGGAGCCGAUGCCGGUGCCAGGGAACGACGUGGAGGCCUACUGCCUGCUGUGUGAGUGCAAGUACGAGGAGCGCAGCACCACCACCAUCAAGGUGAUCAUCAUCAUUUACUUGUCCGUGGUGGGGGCACUGCUGCUGUACAUGGCUUUCCUUGUGCUGGUGGACCCGCUGAUCCGGAAGCCGGAUGCUUACACCCAGCCCCUGCACAAUGAGGAGGAGAAUGAGGAUGCUCGCUCCUUGGCCGCAGCCCCCACCCCGUCCGGCGCUCGAGCCAACACGGUGCUGGAGAGGGUGGAGGGGGCCCAGCAGCGCUGGAAGCGCCAGGUGCAGGAGCAGAGGAAGACGGUUUUUGACCGCCACAAGAUGCUGAGCUAG